CGACUUGGUCCACACCAUCUACUAAGGUGGAUAUGUCAGACCUGUCUCCAGAGGAGCAAUGGAGGGUCGAGCAUGCACGCAUGCAUGCCAAGCACCGUGGCCACGAAGCCAUGCAUGCUGAGAUGGUCCUCAUCCUUAUCGCUACCUUGGUGGUGGCCCAGCUGCUCCUGGUGCAGUGGAAACAGAGGCACCCCCGCUCCUACAAUAUGGUGACCCUCUUUCAGAUGUGGGUUGUCCCCCUCUAUUUCACAGUGAAGCUGCACUGGUGGAGGUUCCUAGGGGUCUGGAGCUUGUUCUCUGCCAUCACUGCCUUCAUCACCUUCCGAGCCACCCGAAAGCCUCUCAUACAGACAACUCCCAGGUUGGUUUAUAAGUGGUUCCUGCUCAUCUAUAAAAUCAGCUAUGCCACUGGCAUCGUAGGCUACAUGGCAGUCAUGUUUACUCUCUUUGGUCUUAACUUAUUAUUCAAAAUCAAGCCCGAAGAUGCCAUGGACUUCGGCAUUUCCCUCCUCUUCUAUGGCCUCUACUAUGGAGUUCUUGAACGGGACUUUGCAGAAAUGUGUGCGGACUACAUGGCGUCUACCAUAGGGUUCUACAGCCAGUCAGGUAUGCCGACCAAGCACCUGUCGGAGAGCGUGUGUGCCGUGUGCGGGCAGCAGAUCUUUGUGGAUGUCAGUGAAGAGGGCAUCAUCGAGAACACGUACAGGCUGUCCUGCAAUCACGUAUUCCACGAGUUCUGCAUCCGUGGCUGGUGCAUUGUGGGAAAGAAGCAGACGUGUCCCUACUGCAAAGAGAAGGUGGACCUCAAGAGGAUGUUCAGUAACCCCUGGGAGCGGCCUCACGUCAUGUACGGGCAGCUGUUGGAUUGGCUCCGAUACCUGGUAGCCUGGCAGCCUGUCAUCAUUGGCCUGGUACAAGGCAUCAACUACAUCCUGGGCCUGGAAUAGUCACAAGCAGCACAGCAGCAGCAAACUCACCCACCCACCAUGGACCUUAGGGCCCUCCUCCCUACCCACAGAGACCUCCUGGGCGGGACAGACUCAAAGGGACGCUCGGGCCACUCAGGACCCCCUUCAGCUGUGUCCGGGCUGGGCAGGGGUGUGAUGGAGAACCAGCAAGCGGGCUGCCAGCAGUGGGGGUGCUUUUUAAAAGAAAACUAUUUUGAUGAAUAUAUUUAAAAAAAAACAACACCUUUUUUUAUUGUGGAACAUAGAAAUUGCCCCGCCUCCUCCUGGCCUCACCUUCCCUCUUGGCAGGGUAUAGUAGACCCACAUUUUUUAUUUAAAGGGGCCUUGUUUCUGGCGGGAGGCAUUGGUGAGCUCUUGCUGGUUCUGGAAGGAACUCUAGCUGACCGGUGCUGCAGCGGAGCUCCAAGGGCUGAAGUGCCCCGUGCAACCCCGUUGGGGACCUGGAAUGGUGGUGUAUGUGACCUUGCCCCCGCUGUUCUACGGUAGGGGAGCCCUGUGACUUUUUACACAAGGGGAGCCUCGGGGCUUUAUAAUUCGCUGAUGAAUUUGGGGGCAGCUGAGAGCAGCAGCAGCCUGGGCCCACCUGCCCCUGUACAGGGCUAGACAGCAGACACGGGCCACCGGGGCUGCUGCUGGCAGCAGUGAUCAAGGGCCCCUUGUGCAAGCGUGAUUCACCCUGGAAGUGGUGACAUGUGCCAACAGCUACUGUGAUAGGCUGCCACGUCACUUCCUUCUCUGAAAGCUAAGUGUGUGUGUGCAUGUGUGCGCGCACGCAGAGACCUUGACAGAUGGCAGCUUCUCCCGGCCGCCAUCCUGCUCUUGCAGCUGCAGGGGGAUUUCUGCCCAGGGAGUACCCCGUUGUGAGCCUUGCCAGCCAUGGAUCUUGCCAAACGCGAUGGGCAGUGGGUGAUGGGGAGAGAGGGCCUGGUGAUCAUGGGUUCUGAAAGGGGGCUUCCAGGCAGCCCCGAGCCCUGGUUCAAGAACCUGAACAAGCAGGAGGGCAAGUGGGCUCUUCCACGCUGGGCUCCUAAGGACCAUGGCCCAGCAGGGCGAGCCAGGCGGGAUCUUGUCUCUGGUCUGAAUAAAGCUCCGUGAGCUGGGUUGGAAAGCC